UGGCCAAAUAGUCCGUGCCGGGGGGAUUGUUAUCCAUUAAAUGCUCGACAAUCUGUGCUCUAGUCUUCUCAAGGUCCUUCGCCAACAUCCGAAUUGUCACGUCAUGCUCGACAACUCUAAAAGAAAAGAUGCCGUCAUGGUCGGUCACUUACACAGACGAAGAGGAGAAAAUCUCCGCAGAGGUCAUCGGCCCUCGGCUGCCCUGCCAGCCAACCAGCGACGGGUUGUGUCGUCCCAUUCUACACUUUUUUUGGAGAAGACAGUCGCAAUUUUGCAGCUCAAUUAUAAUUAAUUAAUUAAUCAAUUAACUUGCAAAUAUAAGCUAAAAAAUUAACAUCUUUGUAUAUCCGUAGUUGCUUUAUCUUCCGUGUCUUAUCAGCGAUAGCCAUGGGACAGCAAAUGAGUCGUCCUUUUCGAGGAGGUGUGAAAAGGCCAGCAGCCGACAUGCUGGGUGAGAGUGUAGAGUCCCCUCCCAUCAUCAAGUCCCCCUUGGAUAAGAGGGAGUAUAGAGGGCUCACUCUGGACAAUAAGAUGAGGGUUAUUCUCAUCAGUGACUCGCUCACCGAUAAGGCCGCAGUCAGCUUGUCUGUUGCUGCCGGAAGUAUGAGCGACCCUGCCCGUCUGCCUGGACUUGCUCAUCUCUGUGAGAGGAUGAUAGUUCUCGGGACCGAAAAAUACCCGGAGGAGGAGGAUUACGCCGGAUUUCUGGCGGAGAAUGGCGGUGCUUCGAAUGCAUACACGGCAAGAGAUCAUACUAAUUACUACUUUCAUGUGUCACCACAUUCUCUACCGGGAGCGUUGGAUAGAUUCGCACAAUUUUUCGUCACUCCUCUCUUCACGGAAUCUGCGAUGGAACGUGUAGUAGACCAGAUAGAUUCGGAAUUUAUGGGGUUAUCAUGCUGUGAUCAUUGGAGACUAGAUCGCGUUGAGACGGGGACAACGACCCUGCGUCACCCUUACUCAUUCCUUGAAACUGGUACCCGGUGGACGUUAUGGACCAGACCACGCGACAUGGAGAUUGACGUUCGCUCCGCCCUGAUGGAUUUUCAUAAAACGUACUACUCCGCAAAUCUGAUGAGUUUGGUUGUCCUUGGAUCUGAAACUUUGGACGAAUUGCAACGCUUAGUUGAAGACCGUUUUCUCGAAGUUGAUAACAGGGAUGUUGAAGCUCCCUUCUGGAAAGAGAGUCCCUAUGGGGCCGAUCAACUGCAGGUUUAUCUUCAAGUUGUUCCUGUUAAGGAGGUUCGACAGCUCCAUCUCAUUUUUCCGACUCCGGAUACGACCCCACAUUAUAAAGCGUCGGCGGAAGGAUACCUGUCCCAUCUUAUAAGGCAUGAAGGGCGAGGAAGUUUGAUGUCCUUGUUGAAGGAAAAGAACUGGGUCAACCAUCUGGAAGCUGGUUCUCACGUGCCUGCGAGAGGAUUUGGAAUUUUUAAAAUCGCUGUAGAUUUGACUGAUGAAGGACUUCAGAAUACUGAUAACAUUGUAGAGUCCGUUUUUCAGUACUUGCAAAUGUUACAAGAACAUGGACCACAGCUUUGGGUGUGGGAGGAAAUGAAAGAUGUUAGCGCAAUGUUGUUUCGAUUUAAGGAGAAGGAACGUCCACAAUCUCUCGUCUCUAGAUUGAGUAGUAUUAUGCACAGCUAUCCUUUGGAAGAUGUUUUAAGUGCUGGAUACAUAUUAACGGAAUACAAGCCAAGCUUGAUUAAGGAAAUAUUGGACGCAUUGACGCCGGAGAAUGUUCGGGUGAUAGUAGUCUCGAAAGAAUUUGAGGAUAAUCCUAUAUACCAUGAAGCUUGGUAUGGUGUCAAAUAUAACUACGAUAAAAUUGAACCAGAGACAAUUCAGAAAUGGAGGAACUGUGGGCGUAACGACAGGCUGAAGAUGCCAUCCAAAAACGAAUUUAUUCCGUCUGUAUUUGAUCUGAAGAAGAGAGAGGAGCAGUUCAGUGAAUCAAGAACAAAGGGGAUCAUUCCUAAGAUAAUUCAGAACACUCCGCUAUCUCGAGUGUGGUUCUUACAAGAUAAUGAGUUUUUGGUACCAAAAGCGGUCGUUCGAGCAGAGAUCUUUAGCCCACUUCCCCUAAUCGAACCGUUGAAUGCAAAUCUGAAUCACAUGCUGGUUGCUUUGAUUAAGGAUUUACUAACAGAGUAUUCUUAUGCUGCGAGUGUUGCUGGUCUUCAUUACGUUAUUGCAGAUUCAGUGUAUGGGCUGGAGAUCGCUAUUAAUGGCUAUGAUCACAAGAUUGGACUUCUUAUCGAAAAAAUUUUCGAGAGACUUGUUGAUUUAGAAGUUGAUCCAAAACGAUUUGAAGUAUUGAAAGACUUUUAUAUAAGAUCCCUUAAAAGUUGGGAAGAUGAGCAGCCCUAUUCUCACGCUUCGUACUACUUCACGCAUCUUCUGUGUGAAAAAGCAUGGUCCAACGAAGACUUGCUAAGCGCUAUGGAUGAUGUGACGGCUGAAAAGCUGAAAAGCUUUGCAAAGAAUUUUAUUUCCAAAGUGAAAAUUGAGUGGCUGAUUCAUGGAAAUUGUACCUCGGAAGAAGCCUUAAACACUGAAUUAUUGCGUAGAUUUGUUCGAAAAGAAAGGAACUCAUUCACUCAUUGCGUCACAAACAUCUCGACUUCGAGAGAUUGAGCUUCCACCUGGUUCGGACUUCAUUUUUAUUUCUGAACACAUGACGCAUCUGAAUUCAUGUGCUGCAGUCCUAUUUCAAACCGGACUGCAAGGCACACAUGAAAAUGUGGUCGUCGAACUAUUAAUGCACAUCGUGAAUCAACCCGGCUUUAACCAACUAGUUAAAGAGGGCUAUGAGGCCAAAAUUUUCGUCCGUCGUGCACAUGG